AAAAUGUUCAAUUUUGUUCAAGUUUUGAGUGACUCUGUCAGAAAUGGUCAGAAAUUUGAAAUAACUGGAUUCACUAAGACCGAUGCUAAAUUAAUAUCAAUAAUAUUUUCAACUGGCAGUUCUUCAUAUUCAGAGCAAGUUUUAAAAAUUGAUGUACAUUAUAGCAACAAUAAAAUCAUCAUUAAUGAUGCAUCAAUUGAUAACUUUACACUUCAAAAUGGAUCAAAGUUUAAAUUUCUAAUUCUUGUGACUAAGGACUCCUUUGACAUCAAACUUAAUGGCAACCAUAUUUGUGAACAUAAAUGCUUUACUAACAAAAUCCGUACAGUCACAGUACUUGGUGAUGUUGAUCGACUCUUGAAAAUUAAUCAUUUGAAUAGAGAAUAUUCAAAAGUAGCAAAUAAGUUGGCACUAGAAAGCUUUAUGCCGAUUAAGUACCAAGCUGGUCAUGUAAUUGUUAUUUCUGGACAAUCUACCGACGAUUUUUAUAUUGACUUCACUGAAAAAAAUUCAACCCGUGAAUUGAUUCAUUUUAAUGUUCGUUUUGGUGAAGAAUCAGUUGUCAUGAACACAGUUGACGCAGAAUCAGGCUGGUGGACUGACUAUGAAGAUCGUCCUGAGGAGUUUCCAUUUGAAACCGACACACCAUUCAAAAUUGCUUUUGCAUUCACUGAAGAAGAUUUCAAAGUUGCUGUUGAUGGAGUUCAUCUUAUGGAUUUCGACUUAUCUCGUAUUUCGUAUAAUGAUGGUCAAUCUUUGUGGAAUAUACUUAACGGCUUCCGUAUAACAAAUAGAGAAGCUGAUACAAUCACAACUAUAACUUCUAUAGAACACAUUAAGAUGAAACCACAAUGUGAAGGUUUUGAGAAGCUCUGUUCGUUGAACCAAGCAUGAAAAAUAAAAUUAUUUUUGAAAAAAGGUUACAAAAAAGGAAGAUUGAAUUUCAACAUAUUUGUAAUCAGCUUCAAAACUAUAAUGCAUAUUUUUAACAAGAUUAUAUUACACAGACAUGCAUGGUAAAAUAAAGAUGAGAUUUGCUACAAUACAU